CAUUCCAAUCCGCUGCUCAAUACCACGCAAAGAUUUAUUUGUUACGAUGAGACCAAUUGUAGCUUCUUGUCAAGUUUGCGCUUAGGUUCGUGUGAAAAAGUGAACUAAUAGCUGUGAGACUCGUCAUUUAAAUAGCGAAUAAAAGCGAAGUAACGAAGAAACCAAUUAAAAGUUAAAAGCACUCUCCACUUGUCAAGUGUUUAGUGUAGGAAAAGUCUGAGAAUUUUUUGGAGGAAAAUUGAUGCAAAAUCCAAUCCAAUCUAAUCCAGUCAGUAUCGUUUGUGCCGUAAUCCUCGUCUCAUUGUGGUCUAUUUAGCAACAACAAUUUGUAACAAAAACAAUAAUAUGUACAGUAAUUCUCGGUAAUUCUGACUCCGUGUUUGUAGUAUUGACCUGGAUAAAUUAUGUAACUGUAUUUACAUUACUUACAAAUAAUAAAUUGUUAUUGUGAUUAUUGCAUAUUUUUGGUCGAUCAGUUAACCAGCGUGAAGUUCCAAAAUUAAAUAGUUUGUAGCAAGUGUCAGCCAAGUGGUUAUCUGUGCAUGUAUAAUUAUUGUAAUUACGUUAUGUCGUAAGUUAAGGCGUGUAGUGAAAAAAUAGCAAAAUUGCGAUACACUCCAGGGCAAUAUUUAAAAUAAGUAAAUAAGUGUGGAUGGAUCCAGCAGAGUCAGUGAGUCUGAAUCGGUUAAAGGAAUCAUGCAUGAAACGUGCCCCAUUUACCUGAGUAGUCAAUAGAUUAUCUUUUGAAGAGUUACCAGUCUAAAAGUGCAGGAUUUUUGUUUCGUUUACGCAAUAACGCACUUUCUUUGAGGGAAUCAUGUCUUUCGCCACUUUCACCAUUAUGGACUAUGUUGUCCUUUUAAGCACGCUAAUCAUUUCAAUGGCGAUUGGCGUGUAUUAUGCGGUUUUCAAAAAACAGGAAACCAAUGCAGAUCUACUCGUGGGGGGGAGGAGUAUGCCUUUAAUUCCAACCGCUCUGAGUUUACUUGCGACAUAUAUGUCGCCAAUUUUAGUGCUAGGUUACGCUGGAGAAAUCUACUCGUAUGGAACUCUCAUGUACGAAACGGUAUUCUCUUCGUUGGUAAUAGUUCCAAUUGCAGCGUGGAUUUUCAUGCCGACUUUAUACAAUUUAAAACUCACGAGUGCUUACGAGUACCUCGAAUACAGAUUCGAUUCUCCAGCGGUCCGAAUUUUCGCUGCGGGAACCUUUAUUACGCAGAUUACCUUGUACAUGGGGGUAGUCCUGUUUGCGCCAGCCCUGGCAUUAAAUGCUGUCGUAGAUUUUCCUAUUUGGAUCGCCGUAGUAGCCAUGGGCCUUUCUUGCGCGUUGUAUACAAGCAUCGGGGGCUUGCGUGCCGUCGUUUGGACGGAUGUGUUUCAAAUGGUCAUUAUGCUUGCCGGAAUGUUUGCAAUAGUUAUCGUCGGAAUUAUGCAAGUCGGCGGACUUUCCAAAGUCUUUCAGAUUGCGGGUGACCAUGGGCGAAUUCAGUUUUUAAAAUUUCAUCUCGACCCCUUCGAGCGUCUCAAUUCAGUCAACAUUUUCAUCGGGCAUGCUAUCAUGGUCCUCAGCAUUUGUGGUUGUCAGCAAACCGCUGUCCAGCGAUAUUGCAGUAUGAAGACGCUCAAAAAGGGGAUAAUGACACUCUUCAUCACACUACCAUUAGUAGUAUUCACCGUAAGUCUGGCUGCUAUCGCUGGCGUCGUAAUUUUUGCCAAUUACGCCACCUGCGACCCCAUAAGUUUAGGUUUGAUUAAGCGAAACGAUCAAAUCGCUCCUCAUUUCGUUCUCGAGUAUUUAUCCCCGACGAGUGGCUUACUAGGACUGUUUAUUGCCUGCCUUUUCUCGGCAUCAUUAAGCACCGUCUCAUCCGGUAUCAAUUCUGUCACGGCUGUCACAUUUGAAGACUUUUUGGCAAAAUUAAAGUAUUUUAGCAACAUGGGUGACAUCCAGCAGGGCAGGGUGUCAAAAUUUCUUGCCUUAAUAUUUGGCGUCCUCGCUAUCGCAAUGGCAUUUCUCGCUGCAAACUUUGACGGCGUCCUUGCAGCUUCAAUCGUCCUCAACGGCUCAGUGGCAGGUCCACUUUUGGCCGUUUUCCUGAUGGGAAUCAUGCUACCUUUCACGAAUAAAUAUGGUGCUAUCGUUGGAAUGAUUGUGGGACACACGGUCACAAUUUGGAUUUGUCUUGGGGCCUUCUUCCUAAAACACAGGACCCCCACGCUACCGUUUUCCACGGACGGUUGUUCUGCCGAAAUUUGGGAUAAAGUUAACCAAACUGCGGUCACGAUGUUAAAUUCAAGUGAAACACAUGCAGCUCAAUUUGUGGAAAGUGAUGUCCCUUGGCCAGAAAAGAUUUACACGGUAUCGUUCCUCCUCUAUCCUUUGAUCGGAUGCACCGUCACGAUCGUCGUAGGAUCAAUUGUCAGCAUUCUAACGGGAUACCAACGCUUCUCCAAGGAUCAAGAUAAGUAUAUCCAUCCACUCUUGGUUUCCAUUAUCAGAAGAUUCCGCACCGAGAAGGAAUACGAUUUUAAACACAAUUCGAACGGCAUCGACUUGAAGUCGAUGGUUACGACAACAAAGCAGCCUAUUACUGAGGGCCACUUUAGGAGUAAUGGAAGUUACCACAAAAGCAAGACGGACGCUAAGGAAGAUUCCUCAUCCAACGGUUAUGCUACGAAUGGUCAUUAUAUUUCCAAAGAAAAGAAUGGUGGUCUUGUUAAUGAUGGAUUUCGAUACGAUUAGACUUAAGUAGUAAGUAAGCAAAGUCAAUAAUAAACUAUUAAUUGUACCACUGGAAAAAAAUUA